UUAAGCCAGUUCUACAAACGGCGUGCAACUAGAGGAACCGAUGAACGAUUGAACGUCACUUCAGUAGAGGAGGACCCGUGAACCGUGUUGACGUGGUUUUCUUUUCGCUCACUGGAUUGGAAGUUGCUAUAGACCACUGAGAAUUGUUUCAUUUCGAAGUCUUAACGUUGCUUUCAUUUUGGUAUCCUACACGAACAUGAAACGAACAUACCAAAAUUAGAGAUCGAAUGCCGGGGACAAUUAUAUUAAGGGUGCAAGCGACCCGGCACAGAGCGGCAGCACGGUACAAGCCCAUGGAGAAGACGCACGUGUACCGCUAUUGUGUUUUAUUCUCCUCUCUGCUCGCUGAUAUGGUUUGAACACUGCUCUUAUAGCUGAGGGCAUAGGGUGAAGGAUAUUGCAUCCUGUCGCUUUGAAGAAGAUCGGCUUAGAGUUCUGGUGAAUAUGCAGCGGAGGGAACUCUCGCAUCUGUGGCUGCUGAUCCUCACUGUGGCGUUGGUGUCAGUCAGCGGAUUUCCCACGAACUUAAAGAAGGCUUCAGUCAUAGACAGAAACACUUCAGCGUCUCCUACUAAGGUGAUAAAAAUUCAAAGCCAUGGCGACGAUCAUCAGACUCUCCAGGAGCUGUAUCAGGUGAACCUGCUCCAGACUCUGCAGUAUAGUCCGUCUUAUCUCAGGUCCAGACAUCGCUGGUCCCAGCCCCGUCACCAGGGUGUCCUCCCCCAUCUUGAACCUUUUGGGGACCCUGAGCCCUUUAUCCUGGACCUGAGGAACUUCCCAGAGCUGGCCAAUGCAGACAUGGGCUCCCAGAAUCCUAACAUCCAGGUGACCAUCGAGGUGGUAGACAAGACCCAGACAGAGAUGGAGGUGGAGAUGGACCUGGCCAAGGAGGGUCAGCGUAAUGACUGGUCAGUAUCAUCCUCAGAGUGGGCCAACAGCUACAAGAACAUGUUCUGGCCACUGUUCUGGGACUACCCUGAGCAGUCAGAGAACGGGCUGGGAAGAGCCAGUUUGGAGGAGAAGUUUGAGGACUACAACUUUGACCCAGAGGAACUCAUCCUCAGUGGAGUGGGGGGAGACUGGGGGCAGCACUGGAACAAAGACUGGCAUGCCAAGGAUAAUUACGAAUACGAAGAGGAGUGGAGCCACUGGGCUUCCUGCAGCGUUACCUGUGGACAUGGCACCCAGAAACGCACCCGUUCCUGUGGCUACGCAUGCACUGCGACUGAGUCACGCACUUGUGACCUGGAGAAUUGUGCCAACACUUUGAUUUCAGUGACUGUGCUGACACCCAUCCAGACCACCAAUGGCACAGAUUUCCUGGACACACAUGUAGACACCUGCGAGAAGUGGCUAAGCUGUAAAAAUGACUUCCUCCAGAAGUACCUGCACCAAGUGCUCACAGAGCUCCCCAGCUGCCCCUGCUCCUACCCCUCUGAGGCUGUUUACAGUGCUAUCAACAUCCAGGAUACCAGACUUCAAAAGACCUACCGCUGGAGGGACGCAAGCGGACCCAAAGAACGCUUGGACAUCUACAAACCAUCAGCCAGAUUCUGCAUUCGCUCAAUGCUGUCGUAUGACAGCACAACGUUAGCAGCACAGCACUGCUGCUAUGAUGAUCAGAUGAGACUAAUAACACGAGGAAAAGGAGCAGGAGCACCAAAUUUAAUCAGCACAGAGUUUUCACCAGAACUGCAUUACAAGGUGGAUGUAUUGCCUUGGAUCCUGUGCAAAGGGGACUGGAGUCGGUUUCACUCAGUAAGACCACCCAAUAAUGGGCAUGAGUGUGCAGAUAAUCCCCCAGAACAAGUUUUUCAGACGGAACUUAAAGAAGCCAGGGAGUACUGACACUGUGGAUGUGUGGAGUCACAACAAGAAGGGAGGAUGACAAGAGACUGACAUGGUUUUUUAAUUCAAAGCGCCAUUUCUCAUGUCAUUACAAUUCUGAACGAGCACAAAAAAACUAAACUACAAUUUAAUACAAUGUUUCUUUGGUCCAACAACAAAGACGGGUGAAGCUUUAUUAUACUUAUAUGUAGACUUUUUGUUCAGAAAUGAAAUAAAACUGGUUAAUAUGUUCUAUUUUCAGCUAAUCCCCGUCCAUGUAUGUUGCUGCUACUCUGUUGGGAUGUGCUGAGCUGAAUGUCUGAUGGCAUGUAUGUGCACCGUGUAUGUGUAUGGGUGUAUGUGGGAUAAGCUUAUUUAUUGGCCCCUGAACUAUUUUAUAUCGGAUCUAUUGUCCCAUGAAAGGAAUUCCUGUCAAGCUGCUAAACAGUGAAUAAAGUCAAACGGACAUUGGACUAUAAAUUGUUUACAUGUUCAUCUUUACAAAAAAUCUGACAGAAAAAUUUACCAGUGCUAGGAAUAUUCUUCUUGUUCACAUUUUCCACACAAUGCAUGCUUCCACAACAGGAGAACAUACAGUUUUAUGUUCCAUAAAAUGCAAAGUAAAAACAUGAGGUAACAUUUGCUACCAUCAAUGUUACCAAAUGCACUGCAUUAACAUUAGUGUUGGAAACUGAAGACAUCACAUUCCUACAUCAUACACGCUGAACACUGCUGAGCUAUAUGAUUACAUUUUAAGAUGUUAAUAUGUCGAAUAGGAUUCCUGUAUAAUCUUACUCUCUGCCAUCCAAACUGACAUGCAGAUUUUACAUCCCAUUGAAAACUGAUAGUAUGAGUAUAUAGCUGAAGUGAAACUGGAACUUCCUGGUUCUGUUUCAUAAAUAAAAUCGUAUUAAUAUUUGUAAUAAUGCAAGUGACUUAAGAUCCAGCCCUGGCCUGAAACAUCAAACACAUUUCGUGGCUAGAUAUUAUGACUAUGGAUGAGGGAAGUACCGUAGCCAUGCUGCCUUGCUGGUAAAUUUUCAUGGGAGCUGAAUGUAAAUGGCUGCAUUUAUAUAGUUCUUUUUUUUUUUUAAUCCAAAGCAUUUUACAGUUUGCCACUAAUUGGAACACACACCCCAAACCAAUUUCUGGCUCCAGUGUUACUUUUUUUUUGUUGGUUUUUUUGUUUUAACUUUAGGUUUAACCUUGCCAUGUGUUUGCUGUUCAAGCACGUCAAAUGUCAAGUUCGUUAUGUUAACAAAAGAUACAUGAAGAUAAUGAUCUAUGUUUGCUGACUACAGAAAUCCUUUAUUUUAUUAACAUUACGUCAUUAUGUCCUAUGUAGUGUGAAUUUUACCUAUUUUUAGAUUUAGUCUUAAUCCUAGUCCUGAGAUCAAAUGUCCAUGUUAGUUUUAGACAUGUUUAGUCAACUUCAUCCUUUUCAUUUUUAGUAAAUUUUUAUUUGACUAAAAUUAAACAUUUUAGUCAAGACCAAGAAUGAGCAUUUCAAACUUCAGCAAACUGCUUUCAAAUAAGAUUUUAUCCAAGUGACUUUCGGGCUAAAUGAAAAUAAGCCACUGUAAAUAAACUGUAUCUUUCUCCGAAUAAGGUGGUUUAAAUACCGUGCAGUCACUCUAGCGUGAUACCAUGCUCCAGUGUUUCCCAAUCCUUUGAAACUAUUAUCUGUACGCUGUCAUCUCCAGUGUAUGAAGCCGACUUCAG